CGACACCCAGAUAGCAAUGAUCGGCUGUCAGCCCUUUAUAGGUAAAACUUGUUGGUCAGUCUAAACUGCAGCUUCCAGAUUCCAGAUAUAUGACUCAAUAUGUUUGGGGACCUGUUUGAGGAAGAGGACUUUGCAUUCCUCUCAAUCAGUUCAAACGCAAAUUACAAAAAAUCAAGGCCCAAAGAUCUUCAGACACCUGACCCAAGGGGAAGCAGCAAGCUGAGUGGGCUUAGGAACCAGGGAAGUACCUGCUACUUGAACUCUCUUCUGCAAACUCUUCUUUACACACCAGAGUUUAGAGAAGCACUGUUUGCUUUAGGUUCAGAAGAACUUGGCUCAUUGGAAAAUAAAGAUGUCCAUGAUUCAAAGGUCCGCAUCAUCCCCCUCCAGUUGCAGCGGCUUUUUGCUCAGCUUUUGCUUCUGGACCAACAAGCAGCAUCCACCACUGACCUCACCAGUAGCUUUGGAUGGAACAGCAGUGAGGAGACAGGUCAGCAUGAUGUGCAAGAGUUAAACCGGAUUUUGUUCAGUGCCUUAGAAAGCUCACUGGAAGGAACCUCUGGUCAUGAUCUGAUUCAGCGCCUGUAUCAUGGUACACUCUUGAAUUGCAUCAAGUGUCUGGAAUGUGGUCACACCAGUGAACGGCAGGAAGAUUUCUUGGAUGUGACUGUGGCUGUAAAGGGUAUGAGCAGUCUGGAGGAAUCUCUGUGUAGUAUGUACCUGGAAGAGGAACGCUUUGAAGGAGAUAAUCUUUAUCGAUGUGGGGCCUGUGAUCAGCUUGUUCCAGCAGUCAAGUCUGCCAAGCUCAAAAAGCUGCCUCCCUUCCUCACAGUGUCACUGUUGCGGUUUAAUUUUGACUUCACAAAGUGUGAGCGCUACAAGGAAACCUCUAGAUACACUUUUCCUACCCUACUCAACCUUCUGCCUUUUUGUGAGCAGCAUCAUUUGGAGGACUCUGCAUACAGCUAUGAGCUAUUUUCUGUCAUCAUACACAAGGGGGGCUGCUAUGGAGGCCAUUAUCAUGUCUAUAUUCGGGAUGUGGAUCAGUUGGGCCACUGGGACUGCCAGGACCAAGAAAAAGAGACCACAGGAGCCGGAGAUUCUGAGAGUGACCCUGAUGGUCCUGCGGUUACACUUGCUUCUAUAAUAGCAGAGGCUGGGGGCAAUUGUAUGUUUCCUGUUGAUCAACUUGGACAGAAGCUGCUGGAGCAUACAGGAGCAUCUUGGAACAAGACAUAUCGAAAACAGCAUGGAGCUAUUCGUAAGUUUCUGCAGAGUCAUGCCUCCAUUUUUCAGCUAAGCUCAGAUGGUUCUUUGGUAGGAUUGACACCAACAGUGCCCAGCAUGAAAGCCCCAGAGUGCCCUUCAGACAGUGCCUCAGAGAAGAAUCAGCAAGCUCCAGAAAAAAGCCCCAGCCACUGGUUUGACUUUAAUGAUUCUUCUGUGCAACCAAUCAGGGAAAAAGAUAUUGAGAAACAGUUUCAGGGCAAGGAAAGUGCAUACAUGUUGUUCUAUCGCAAAAGCCAACUUAAAAGACCACAUGAAGCACUUGGAAAUUGUCAUUUUGGAGUCCCAGAACAUUUUAUUCAUGAGAUGAACCAAGCAAAUGAGGAGCUUCAGAGAAAGAGGCUGGAGUCCAAUACAGUGAUCAAUAGCAUGGAACUUCAACUGCAUCUGUCUGCUGCUUAUCAGUUUGUUAAUGGUGCCCUGCACCCUGCCAAAUCCAGUAGCACCAGUGUAUUGGAAAUCACUGUAAAUCGCUGUGGGACAGUGGGUGAUCUAAAACAAUUGGUGUUCCAGUUGCUGAAUGCAUCAUUGGAGGGACAGGUACUGAGCAUAGCCAAAGUUUUGCCUGCAGGUCUCCACAUCUUUCAGGAGCUGGAAAAUGACUGCCUGGAUCUGGCCAGUGCAGGGGUCACAGAUAAAAGUGAUCUGUUCUUGUGGGAUGGAAAAGAGGUUGGGGGUUUGUCUGUGCCAACUGGGGAGAACUGUGCUCCUCUCCUCCUUACCAUUCAGCAUCAAUCUGGAUACACUGACCCCUCUAAUCCUUAUACAGAGAGUUUAAAUGUUUUCCCAUCCAAUAUGUGCCUUAGUGAUAUGCAGAAGGAGCUGGUCUCUCACUUACACCAGGACCCAGUGCUGUGCUACCCAUCAACAGAGAACAGCAGAGGCUGGACUGUCUUCGCUCCUGAAGACAUGAGCAGGACUUUGCGAGAUCUGGGCCUCAAAGAUGGGAGCUCAGUCCUCUUGUUGGAUACUCAUGGAGAGGGGGAGUUAACUCAAGCUCUGGUUAGCAGUUCAUCUCCAGUCUCAGAUCAAAACUUUCUCCACGUUGAAGACUGGCGCAAGUCUCAGGUUAUAAAGCAAUCUGUCCAAAUCUUCACAACUUUUAACACUACAAUUUCCAAUAUCCUUAUUAUGGCAAUUGAAAUGAUGGGACCACAUGAAGUAAGAGGAGAGGACACCUGUCUGAGACCUGUAGAGAAAACAGGAAAGCUGCUUCCUCCAAUGCCAGAGAACAUGACUGUGCAAGAGGCAAAAAUUAAGCCUGGGUGCACUUUGGCCCUCUGUAAAGGGAAAACCCCAGACCCCUCACAGAUCUUCCUAUAUUUUCUCCUUGAGACUGAUCUACUGGAAGGCCGGGAACAGGAGAUUAUUCUGGAAGAAACUGUUACCAUAAGAGAGACUCUUGAGAAGAUGCUCAAAGAGGUUGGGUUAUCAGGUGAACCAGGAUGGCACCUGAGAAAAAUGGACUGGUGUUAUGAAGCAGGAGAGCCUCUGACUGACCAGGAGGCCACUCUUAGGGAACUGAAGAUUUGCACAGGAGAUACAUUGAUCAUCACUGAAGGCAGGAUUCCACCCAAGGGGUUCCUGAAGCUACCUAUAUGGCUUUACAGUCCUCAGGCACAGCAUGCUGCCGUCAACCACAUGACCUUGCAGACAUCAGCCCCCACAGACGUUUCCUGGCAGGAUUGUGCAGAUUCUCAGUUCUGUUUUGCUGGUGACAUAGAGAUUUGUGAAAAUGCUUCCUUGCAGGAGCUGAAGCUGCAGAUCAUGACUUUGCCAUUUUUUGAGGCCCUGGAAAUCUCGUCACCAAAGUUUCUCCGCAUUUGGACUUUUGAAUAUAAACAUAUGGGAAAAAUCUUACGUCCCCCUCACCAGAAGAUCAGUGAUUUCAAACUGGGUAGCAGGACACCUCUUUGUGCAGAGCCCCUGGACAAGGAGGAAUGCCUGGGUCCCCAGGAUCUGCUCCUCAGAGUCCAGCUGUCUGUACCAGGAGAACGGUGUUACUUUCCAGCCAUGGAUGUCGUGUGGGAUUUUUCACGUGGCUGCACAGGCUCUGCACUGCGUCAGAUUAUUGCAGCCCACUGUUCAUUACCUGCAGAUAAAGUGGAAAUAGCAAAAUACCUGUCUGACAAACAUGAGUGGCUUCUCAUAUCUAGCUGGACCCAGCAGGUCUCCAAAAAAAGAAAGAAAAAAAAUGACAGUCUGAAGGGGGCACCCUAUCACCUGAAGGAUGGUGACAUCAUCGGGGUGAAGAAUCUUUUGCUGGACAACACAACAGAUUUCAGUUCUGAGACAGAUCUAAUCAUGAGAGAAAAGCUGCAACAGUGCAGAUCUGAGGAAGGAACGAGACCUCUCCAGAGUGAUCCUGUCUUCUGUAAUGGAAAAUCCCGUUCAAGGGUUCGGAAGCCCGAGACUCCUCUAUCCAUCAGAGUUGGAGUCUUCAGAUAGCACAGGUCUCACCACUAUGCCUUAAAGAACAUUUAAUCUCUUUAACUCAGGGAAGGAGGAUUUUGUGUUUUGUGGGAGUCUGCAUAUGGCUGAAGUGCAAGGACUCUUUCUAUGCCCCUGCAGGCAAUAACAGGGGCUGCUCUACCAAUGAGCGCUGGCGACUCCUGACCCCCUCCAGUGUCCUUCUGAACUAUGACUGUUGAACUUCCAGUUGUCUUCUUAUGAAGGUGCCUUCUGUCUGUUGGUGACUGUAUCUUUGCAUUGUCUUUCUGUGAUUCUUAGAGUUUCCUUCCCCUUCAAAACUUCUAUCUCAUCUUUACAUUUUAAUCCUUUUUUUUGUCUGUCCUUCACCAUCUUGUCUUUAGUAUUUCUUGCUCUCUUUUUUUCCCCAUUAUGUCUCGUUCUCGCCUUUCCCAUCUCUGUCUUUUAGUCUCAUAUUCCCUCUCCUCUUUUCUUCUAUUUCUAUCUACCAUGUCUUCUUUAUUGUUUUACUGUCUGUCACUUUCUUACAUUGCUGCUCUAGAAAGAAAUCUGUAAGAAUUUUGAUAAGACUGCUGUCACCCUUCCCCCCCCCCCGUACUAUAAACCAUUAUUAACAACACUUUAUUGUCAUUGCUGGUUGUGGGGGGGGGGGGGAGUCUUUCACUCAGUGUAACUUGACAAACCAUGUUACAGUGCAGAACCACAUAAGUCUCUGCCUGGGGGGGCACAACUUUUUUCUAGCCUUUUAUAAUUAUUGUUUUCAAAAUCUGCUGUCAUUGUAAGAAACAGCGCCACUAUCAAGUUUAAGUAGAUUAAGAGCAGUGUUUCUGCUUUAUAAAAUGUGUCUCUAAAUAUAACGGCAAAAUAUUUUUUUUAAAGGAAAACAAACAUACAAUUACUAACGUGAAAGACAACCAUGCAUUUAGAUCUUUAAAAAUUGUAUUAUUAAAAUUUACUGAUGCAGUAUA